AUGGAGAGCCGUCCAGACCCCAUCGCUGCCACCGAGGAUGAUUCGUCGAUAGACUCUUUCGAUAAUCGUAGUGAGGUGAGCGAUCUCGGUUCGUCGGCGUCCUCGUUGACGUCGAUAGACACGGAGAUCCUGCUUGGAGAAGUGGGAGAAGGCAGGCGGACGUAUGCCGUGUAUGGCAAAAAAGAAUAUGGCUUUCCGAUGGACGCGCAGGAGCUCGAGCGGCUGGACGUCUGCCACAUCAAGUAUUUUGCUUUAUUAGAGAAGCACCAUUUUCUCUCUCCCAUUGACGACAAGUACAAUCCGCAAAGGAUUCUGGAUCUGGGGUGUGGCACAGGUGCAUGGUGUAUUGAUGUGGCGGACAUGUUUCCGAGCGCGAUAGUGGUCGGGGUCGACAAAGCAGUAACACAGCCUGAUUUCGUGCCUCCAAACUGUUCUUUCGAGAUUGACGACAUUGAAGAAGACUGGACUUGGAAGGAUGAGACGGCCGACUUUAUAUUCGCACGCGAUCUCAUUCUCUCGAUCCGAGAUUUCCCUCGUCUAAUCGAGCAAAGCUACAAGCAUCUCAAGCCCGGAGGCUGGGCAGAGUUCCACUGCGUCACCGGCGUUUUGCACUGCGACGACGGCACCGUCGCCAACGACAGCGCCUUCCAGCGCUUCUCCGCGAUGCUGCAGGACUCGUGCAGCAAGUACGGCACGCCCGUCGACGACCCGGUACGGUGGCGGGCGCAGUUUGAGCACGCCGGCUUCGAGGACGUCGUCGAGGAGGUUUUCAAGCUGCCGUGCGGGCCGUGGGCCAAGGACGCGCGCCUGCGGCUGCUCGGCGGCUGGGAGCAAAAGAACCUGCUCAACAACCUCGAGGGCAUGGUGAUGCGGCUGUUCCAAAAGGCGCUGGGCCAGUCCGAGGAGGAGAUUACCGUGUACCUGAGCCAGCUGCGCGACGACAUACGGAACCGUGAUGUCCAUGCCUACUGGCCAUUUUACACUGUUCGCGGCAGGAAACCACUAUCUUGA